AUGAUGGAGAAUAGUUCUGGCACGAGACCACCAGAUGAUCAUUCUUUUAUGCACCCUCCGCAUCAUUUAAUGCAUUUAAGUGGUGAUCAACCACGUCCACCAUCACAAUCAAUUCGAUCAGAUGAUUCACUAUUUAACUCAAUAUUAAAUGAUUUAAAAAUACCACCUUCAUCGAAUUCCACUGUUAAUGACAAACAACCACUAGGUGAUUGA